AUGCUAAAACACAGCAAGGGGCAGGGGUUUUCAUCUUCGGGUCUUGGUAGCUUCAAAGAAAAAAAGGGCAGCGUAGGAGAUCUUCCCUUUCCAGCCGCGAGUCUUCACCAACGCAAGAGACACCUGCAGCAAGUCUCUUGCAGAGCCGCAGCGAGAGUCUUCUUCACCCGAGCGCAGGAGGGUUUCCGUUCCACAGUUGCGAGGGCACUUGCAGCCGAGGGUUCUUCAGCUGCGCGGGAGAGUGAAGCCGCACGAGAGAAGGAGACGGUAGCGGAGGUUCGGCAUUGGGGGGAUCUCCAACCUCCAGCGGAGGUACGCGCAAGGGUAAGACAAGGAACUGCCAUAGGAGAUGCUAAGGAGGUGCAAGGAUCACAAGCUUGCCAAGGUGGAGAAUUGUUGGAGUGUCAAGCCUGUUGAAGAAUCCAGGCCGUCCAUUUCUUUUCUCGGAUCCAAUGGCUGGUGUUAUUUCUUUUGUUAUAAAGGGCAGUGAUGUAAUUUACAUGAAAUGAAUUGUAAAUAAUAAAAGAAAACACAGCAGGGGGUGGGGGUUCUUCAUCUUCGGGUCUUGGCAGCUUUAAAGAAAAAAAGGGCAGCGUAGGAGAUCUUCCUUUUCCAGCCGCGAGUCUUCACCAACAUGAGAGACGCCUGCAGGAAGCCUCUUGCAGAGCCACAGCGAGAGUCUUCUUCACCCAAGCGCAGGAGGGUUUCCGUUCUACAACUGCGCGUCUUCACCAACUGCGAGGGCGCCUGCAGCCGUGGGUUCUUUAGCCACACGGGAGAGUGAAGCCGCACGAGAGAAGGAGACGACAGCGGAGGUUCGGCAUUGGGGGGAUCUCCAACCUCCAGCGGAGGCACGCACAAGGUGAGGAUGGUAAGCUCAGAUUUGGUUUCUUGCGGAGGAUUUCUUGUAGGAAAAUCAUAUAGGAAUAUAGGGAGAAAUCUAGGGUUCUUAGCAGGUGCGAAGAGGGGGUUUCUUAGAUUAUUCUUGGGUUGAUUUCCAAAGGAGAUCGGAAAGACAAGAAAGGGUAAAUCUGUGUGUACUUGUAUUUAUUUUCGCCGAUUUAAUAUAGUGUCUUUGGAGGUGAGUUUCUGCCGUGGAUGUAGGCCAAUUUUUAAGUCGAACCAUGUAAAUUUGUUCUUGUGAUUGUGUGAUUGACAUGUUUAUGUUUUGCUGAA